AAAAAAAAUCUAAUCAAACCCUAAAAAGGCUGCACGCCUGAUUUUGGAGAAACCAAGCUUCACCUCCUCCGUUCGUUCUUCUCCAUAGCUCACCGCCGCAUCGCACAGCGUCGAUUGGGAGACCUGAUUCGCGAGAGUUGGAACUUUUCUAGCCAUGACGCCUCUUAAAGACCUUUUACCUGACCCCAAAUCAACCACUACCACGCAUUAUGAUCAUUCUAAUGAUCCAUGGUUCAAAAACCGUUUCGUUGAAAACGAGGCCGAGAAGACCGCAACCAUCACCUUUAAAGUGGUGCCUGUUUACCUGAAACGUCAAGGUUUCCGUCCCAAGAACCCUGAGGAUUUUGGUGAUGGUGGUGCUUUCCCUGAGAUUCAUCUUGCUCAGUAUCCUCUUGGUAUGGGUAGGAAUAAAUCAAAUAAGCCUGGAGCCAAGACUCUUCCUGUUACUGUUGAUGCUCAGGGUAACGUUGUCUUUGACGCUAUUGUGAGGCAGAAUGAGAACUCUAAAAAGAUUGUUUAUUCUCAGCAUAAGGAUAUUAUUCCAAAGAUUCUCAAAGAUGAGGGAUACUUGGAUACUGUAUUGGAUGAAGAGGAGGAAUUGCAGAAGGAGAUACAGGAGACUGCUGAGGAAACAAAAGCUGCCAUUGAGAAGAUUGUGAAUGUGAGACUUAGUGCAGCGCAACCUAGUAAUGUAGCAAGGCAGUCGGGUGAGUCGAAGUACAUUAAGUAUAAGCCUUCUCAGCAAUCUGCAGCGUUCAAUUCCGGUGCUAAAGAGAGGAUUAUUAGGAUGGUGGAGAUGCCUGUAGAUCCACUUGAUCCACCAAAGUUCAAGCAUAAGAGAGUCCCAAAGGCUUCUGGUUCUCCUCCUGUUCCGGUCAUGCAUUCACCUCCCAGGCCUGUUACUGUCAAGGACCAACAAGACUGGAAAAUCCCUCCUUGUAUCUCCAAUUGGAAGAAUCCAAAGGGUUACACAAUUCCUCUUGAUAAACGUCUAGCUGCUGAUGGAAGAGGCUUACAGGACGUUCAGAUCAAUGAUAACUUUGCCAAGUUAUCAGAGGCGCUUUAUGUAGCUGAGCAGAAAGCUAGAGAGGCUGUUUCAAUGCGUUCAAAGGUGCAAAAAGAGAUGUCAAUGAAGGAGAAGGAAAGGAAAGAGCAGGAAUUGAGGGCUCUUGCCCAAAAAGCUCGCUCUGAAAGAACUGGUGCUGCUGUGACUAUGCCUGUCGCAUCUGACAGAUCUGACAGGGGUAGGAGUGAAAGUGUUGACCCAAGGGGUGAUUAUGACAACCCAAGGGGUGAUUAUGACAACCCAAGGGGUGAUUAUGACAACUAUGACCGGGAGAGAGAAAGGGAAAGAGAGAGGGAAGGGCCAAAAGAGACUAGAGAGGAAAGGGAGGAACGGAUUCAGAGAGAGAAGAUCCGAGAAGAGCGUCGUAGGGAAAGAGAGAGGGAGAGAAGGUUGGAAGCUAAAGAUGCUGCCAUGGGGAAGAAGAGCAAGAUCACAAGAGACAGAGACCGUGAUAUCAGUGAGAAAGUUGCUCUUGGAAUGGCAUCUACAGGAGGGAAAGGCGGUGAAGUUAUGUAUGAUCAACGGCUGUUUAACCAGGACAAAGGAAUGGACUCUGGAUUCGCUGCUGAUGACCAAUACAAUUUAUAUGACAAAGGCUUGUUUACUGCACAACCCACUCUUUCAACGCUGUACAAGCCAAAGAAGGAUAACGAUGAAGAAAUGUAUGGAAACGCAGAUGAACAGCUCGACAAGAUCAAGAACACUGAAAGGUUUAAACCUGACAAAGCUUUCACAGGGGCUUCCGAGAGGGCUGGUACCAAGAGAGACCGACCUGUUGAGUUUGAGAAGGAAGAGGAACAAGAUCCUUUCGGUCUAGACAGGUGGGUUUCUGAUUUGAAGAAAGGUAAGAAACCUUUGGACAAAAUCGGGUCUGGAGGAACAAUGAGAGCAAGUGGCGGUGGUGGUAGCUCUUCAAGGGAUGACCAUGGCGGAUCUGGUCGUACCAAGAUCAAUUUCGAACGCAGUGGCCGUUGAAAAAUCAUGACAACGAAACCUUUGUUUGAUUCAAUAUAUAACUUGUUAUCUUUGGAUCUGUUGAAACAGUGUUUACUUUUGAUUCAGUAUCUAUGUUGUUGCGACUUGUGUGAGUCUCUGAACUCUACUCUAAUACAAUCUUUCAACUUCAUAUAUCA